AUGGCGCCGCCCUCAUUACGGUGACGUGGCCCUCUAGUCGAAAGCGACAGGACUGGAAACCUGCGACAGCAUCACACGUCAGAAAGGCUAACUGAGUCUGCAACGAACUCAAUUACACAUCAGCGAGAAAUAACAAUGGUGACUGACGUGCAGCUGGCCAUCUUUGCCAACAUGUUGGGUGUGUCUCUGUUCCUGCUGGUGGUCCUAUAUCACUACGUAGCCGUCAACAACCCCAAGAAACUGGAGUAGAACUGGCCUGGAGAGGAGGUGGCGGCGAGGGGGACCAGAGAGAGCAGCAGUGAGACUCCUGUCCUCACAGGUGGCGGCGAGGGGGACCAGAGAGAGCAGCAGUGAGACUCCUGUCCUCACAGGUGGCGGCGAGGGGGACCAGAGAGAGCAGCAGUGAGACUCCUGUCCUCACAGGUGGCGGCGAGGGGGACCAGAGAGAGCAGCAGUGAGACUCCUUUCCUCACAGGUGGCGGCGAGGGGGACCAGAGAGAGCAGCAGUGAGACUCCUCUUCUUGUCACCUUCAUCGUCGUCUUUUCUCCUUCCCUGUCUGUCUCGCCCAGCCUGUACAGGAGUGUUUUCUAAUAAAAUGUCUGUCAACAAAUGCC